AAUCUGCAGCAAAACAGCAAGAAGUACCAGAGAGAACAGAAGGAAUAUACAACCACUCCAGCUUUGUUUAGAAGAACUGUCCAGGACAAGCUGGCAGCGACAAAACACAGGAAAUAAUGUUCUUUUGGAGGAUAGCCAUGUUCAGUGCUCUCAUGAGGGUGCAUACCUCUUCCCAGAUUUCAUGGGACUUCAGCUUGGACAACUUCAUCUAUUCAGUUAUUCACAGCAAGUGGGGCAAAAUAGAGGACAACACCACACACAGGCAAAAGCGUCAGGACAUGUCACCAGAAUACACGAUUGCUGUUGAGAUAAAUUUUGAAGACACCUCACUCCAGGAGGACCUCAGAAAGUUUUUCCAAAACCUUAGCCUCCCAGUUUCAGUAAACGUCCCUGAUUCAGAUAUAAGCAUUUCACAAAUUAAUAUUACUACUGUGUGCAACUCAGUUGGCACUAAUCUUUCUCAUUGUUUCUGUGAACCUGAUUAUGGAUGGUCUGCCAAGAUCUGUAAAGCAUAUCCUGUCUGCCAUAAUACUACAACUGCAAUGGGAAAGAGCUGCAACUGUAUUGCGCAGCUUCCUCCUCAAAGGACCUUUUGUCAACUUCAGUCAGAAGAUAUUCCUUCAGUGCUCAUAACAAAUAUGUCUGUCCAACUUGAUAUACCCUUUAAGAAUGCUUUAUGGGAUUCAUCCUCUGCGUUGUUCAAAAAAUACAAACACGAUCUUGAGAAGGCAUUUAUUGAAGGCUAUUCAACUUUACCGGGUUUCAUAAAUGCAACAGUUACAGGAUUCAGGCCUGGAAGCAUCAUGGUUGGCUAUGAAAUAACCUCAGCAAGGCAGAUCCCGCUUGAAAAUGCACAUCCCCAGAUAGCUGCUCUCUUACGUAAUCCCUACCAGUUAGCAUCUUCCACAUUUGCAACAGAAAUCAUUGGUAAUGUAAACAUCUCUAUUUCUCCUGAACACAUUUUUGAGGGUGAUACAGUAAAAAUAACCUGCAUGACAGAAUACAUUUCAAGAACGGUGACCUGGAGGUAUAAUGUCAUCAAGCCUGACAGGCUUACCUUGACAGAAGAGGAUAAAGAAGGAAGCAAGAUAGCAACUCUGACAAUAACAGACAUCAAGCUGAAUGAAGCAGAUAAUUUUAGUUGCAGUUUUAAAGUCAACGCAGGGAAAUUGUCCUCAAUAUACAAAGGUGAAGUUAAUGUAGUGGUCUCUCAAAUUAAACUCGUGCCAUCAGAAAAUGUUUCUAUUGUCUGUGAUGGUACAGAUAGAAGAGAACUGAACUGCUGCACAGAUAGAGACAUACAACUUUUCUCUCCUUAUUGGAGACCCAAUGGAGCAAUAAAUAUUUCAGGAAGCACUACUUCUAUGAACAACUGUACCACCUACUUGCUACAGGCUAGUGAAUCUCAGUGCCCAGUAGACAAGUCUGGCACCAGCACUGAUUACACAUGUGAGCUAAAUACCACCUAUGGUGCUCGUGCCAAUAAAAUAAUCAAAGUGACAUAUUUUCGUGUGGCAAAAAUAACCAUUUCAAGUUCAAAGGAUAUUGUUUCUGAGGGAGAUGCUUUCUUUUUAACAUGCCAGAGUGAUGUGAGCAAUUAUGACACAGUAAUUUGGAAAAUUCAAAAUGGCAGGACUAUUAAGGAAAUAGCUAGUAUGUGGUACACCACCACAAAGAGCCUCACAGGUGCCACGUCUGUGCUGACUGUACCUAGGGCAAACCAGGACUGGACUGGCAUCUAUACGUGCAACUUUUCCCAACGUUUUUUGAGCAGCUUUGGAAAUAUAACAAUUAAAGUUAUUCCUUUGCUCCGGCCUCAAGAGAUCAUAAGAGAUCCCAUAGAGACUGUCAUUUCUUGUCCAGCAACAAGAAUUCUGGAAUGCUGUACAAGCCGAAUGGAAACCUACACUGUUUAUUUUUUUUCUCAUGAUCACAAUACGCCUUUACCCAUUAGGGCAGGUAAGCAAUUACUGAAGGAAAAACCUGUAUCGGGGGUCUAUGUGAAGGGUUCCUUAGUGCUCUCUGAGCUUGAAAGAAGAAGAAGAAAUAAUCUCAACUGCUACUAUUCCAUACCAAGUUUCACAGGCAUACACUGCAAUCCCAAAGGACGUGCUCUGCAGGUGCAUUGUAUGUUUAUGAAUCAAAUCAACCAUAAUGUGACAAGUCCAGCUAUGGUCCUAUAUUUUGCAUCAGCAAAGAAUGUGGUGUGCAAUUCCUCAGACAUUGGUGUGGGAGCAAAUGAAGAGCAGAUCAUAAAGCCUUGCUUAAAUUUCCAUAGGACGAGUAACUCUGUGAGAGGAAACAUCACUUAUAGAUGUGAUCGUACGAAAUGGACUGUUCAUAGAAAUGACUGCCUGGCCGGCCCCAUCAAUGACAUUUUGAAUUCUGCUGAGUCUUUGGCCUCCAGUCCAGAGUCCCAGAAAAAGUUGCCAUCAUUCCUUAAAAAACUGAAAGAAACCACCAAGCAGACACAGGAGGAAAUAAACAAUUCUGCUGCAAACCUAAAUGCUGUUCUUGAAACCGUGACUUUGAUAUCAGCCAUACCAGUAGAGGCGAAUGAAGAGAAUAUGGCAAACUUUGGGUCUACUGUAGAAACUAUUAUCACCAGUCCAACAGAAACUUGGAAGCAUGUACAGAAUGGGAGCUCUCAAUUACUUGCUUCAGUAGAGCAAUUUUUAGGAUCACUCCAGCCAAUUAACCAGUCUGUUCCUUCAAUCAUACAGGACAGUCUUCAAAUCAAAGGAACAGUUCUUGGCAAAAGCAGUACCUCCAUUUAUAACAGCAGCUUUGCUUUUCUCCAGUCUGCAGGCCUCAGGGGAAGUGUGCUUAUUGAGGAUGUAAAAUUUGAUACUGAGAAAUCAAUCACAAUAGUCAGUGUGGCUUAUUCAACAAUUCAAUCUAUCAUUCCACAGUAUAGAAAGGAAAUGGUAAAUAGUUUGGUAAUGGCGACAGUAAUAAAUCCCCAAACAAAUGAGGAUUUCCAGAUCAAAAUGGCUUUUGCGAAGCGUGAAAAGGCCAUGAGCAAUCCACAAUGUGUCUUUUGGAAUUUCAGUCUGGCAGAAGAAGGAGACUGGGAUACUACAGGCUGUGAAACUAAGGAUGAUGGGGACAGUGUCAUUUGCACCUGCAAUCACACAACUUCCUUUGCCAUGCUCAUGUCUCCCUAUCAGGAAACCUCACUGGAUGAAAUGACUUAUAUCACUUACAUUGGCCUGAGCCUUUCUAUACUGAGCCUGAUGAUUUGCCUUGGAAUAGAACUGCUUGUGUGGAAAUCAGUCACUAAAACAAGAAUUGCGUACAUGCGCCAUGUUUGUAUUCUGAACAUUGCAGUUUCUCUCUUGAGUGCAGAUAUCUGCUUCAUUGUUGUUGCUGCAACACAUGACCAAAAUUAUGCAGUGGAUGGAAAUCUUUGCAUAGUAGCAACUUAUUUCGUUCACUAUUUCUACCUCUGUGUCUUCUUUUGGAUGCUCACUUUGGGACUGAUGCUCUUCUACCACUUGGUCUUUCUUCUACACAAUGCAAGCAAGACCAUUAUGAAAACCAUUGGCUUCUGCUUGGGAUACAUCUGUCCUCUAAUAAUAUCAGCCAUCACAAUAGCCAGCACCCUCCCUUAUUCCUCUUACACAAGGAAAAAGAGCUGCUUUCUCAACUGGGAGGAAAGCAAAGCCCUCUUGGCCUUAGUGAUUCCUGCCAUGAUCAUUGUUGCCAUUAAUGCUAUUGUUACUGUUGUAGUUAUAGCAAAAAUAUCAAGACGUUCAAUUGGGGAAAAGUCCAUCAAUGAAGAAAAGAGUGCUUUGUAUCGAAUUGCCAAGAGCAUUGGUGUACUGACACCGCUGCUAGGUCUUACUUGGGGAUUUGGACUGGCCACAGUUGUUCCAGGAAGCCCCAAAAUAUUCCAGAUAUUAUUUACUAUUUUCAACGCCUUUCAGGGAUUAUUCAUUCUGUUGGGUGGAACUCUCUGGGAUAGGAAGGUACGAGAAGCUAUGCUGAAUAAAUAUUCUUGGUCCAAGUGGAGUUCACAACACUCAAAGUCAAUAUCGCAAGGCAUGUCAGCUCCUAUGCUUUCCAUCAAUUCACCUUUUUCAAGAACUUUAAAUAAUUUGUUUGGUAAAGCAGGAAAAUACCAAGUCUCUUCUACAGAAUCAUCAACUGUAUCUUCUGAAAGCACUUCAAAGGCAUGUACUGUACUGACAUGAGUUCCUAAAUACCUGCAUAUUUGAAAGAGCUCAAGUAUUUUUCAAGUAAUAACUACAGAAUAAAUAGUGAAUAAUGGAAUGUUGACUUUACAGAUUGUGGAAAGGAAGAGGCAUUUUAAUUAGCAUUUUUUUCCUGGCAUACCACAUGAUGAACAGACGAAUAAUUGAAAUCUUUUAAGCUAGAUAUUCUGUGACACAGGCUUUAAUGCUAUUUUACAGCACUAUUUAUUUUACAGUAUCUUUCAAUGUAGUCAUGUUUGUUCUAAUCCAGUGUUAAAAAUGGACCAGUAGUGGGAAAGACAUAUCACAGACAAGAGCAAACAUGCUUCCCAAAAUUUAUGUGUGCUCAUAUAAAUUGUAGGUGCUGGAUGGGAGCAUUUGUUUAUUAUUUUCCUGAAGUGAAAAAAUUGCUAGUGCAAUCCUGAAGAUAUCAGUUCAGAAGUAAAUAUCAUAAUUUUCAGUGGUUCUUUUCAUUCCCUGGUACAUCCUUUUCUAGGGCAAAACCCAGUAUGAACUCACUUGGGAAGAACUCCAUUGAAUUUAGCUAGACUGGCUUCUGAGUUAGAGCAAUGAAAUUGCACUGAUAACCUUGUAAAUAAACUGGAACAGUUGUGCUAUCAGCCUCUACAGAAACAGAAGCACUUUAUUUUUAUAUUAUAGAAAAAUUUCCAAUUCUGCUACUUGUUUUACUAGGGAAAAACAAAGGGGAACUUUCUAUGUAAAUAUUUAUGAGGAUAUGACUUAAUAAAACUUUCUUGUUCAGAA